AUGGCGUUCCAGACAAGAGUUUUGAGAGAUGGCGAGUGGGUUACUGAGACCGUCAACCUCCAAGCUGCCUUGAAAGCCUCUGCCGCUCCACAACUGGCCUCUGAGCCUGUGCAACAACCUCCAGCCUGCGGCAUUCUUACACAUACCAUUGUCGAGAGUCCGGUGGUUCGAUGGGUGCUGCCAGUCCGGCUGCGCUCAAGCACGCACAACGAUAUUGCCUUUAUCGGUGAACAUUUCCUCCAGAUCAGUCAACUUGGAAGAGACGGCCAGGUUCAUGACGUACUGCGCAAGUCCGACUUUGGGUUCAGAAUUCGAAAUGCCGCUGUUCUCGGCGACAGCUUGGAGCAUGGCCUGGACGAUGACCCGUUGGGCGUCGCCGUCAAAUCUGAACCGACCUCCUCUCCAUUGUCUCCCGGUGCGCAUGGCAUCUUUGACGGGCUUCGAAGCCGCUCGCUUCCGCCGCAGCUGCUCGUCCUGAUGCUCGAGUCCUGUCAGCUGCUCUUCAUAUUCGUGAGAGAACGACCGGACCAGACGCUCGAGUUCGUCAUUACCACGUAUGAGAACCCCAGGCUGCUACCUUACCUGGGCUAUCAGCUUUCCGUGGACCCGUCUUCCCGGUAUAUGGCUGCAGGAUCGCCGGAGGGCCUCUUUGUGGUCUACGAGUUAGAAGCAUUGUCGGAUCUCAACAAGCAGUAUGCAGAGCACGGGUCUAUCGAGCCCAUCAAGUCCAUUCGUAUCCGAACUGUCAGCGGGGCCCUCCAUCAGCUCGAGUUCUUGCAUCCUCGCGCCGAGGAUGACUAUCAUAUCAUCCUACUCCUAGUCGUCGCUCGGCGGGAACGGAGUCGCGGGCCCCCCUCUUCUCGAAUGGCAACCUAUGAAUGGGAGCUGGGUGACGAUCUGCAAAUCGCUUUCGCCGAAGAAAGAACUGGAACUCGGCUCCCCAAAGAGCAUAGGCUACCCCUUCUGCUCAUUCCCAUCAAGUUUAAAUCGGCCUUCUUUGCCGUCUCACACUCCCAUAUAGGAGUUGUAAAGUAUGCGCUUUCGGGCGCCCCUGAAUUCGAAUCCUUGCCGACCCAACCUCCUCCGCGGACGCCGCAACAUCACGGCGUUGACGAGCCGCUCUGGGUCGCCUGGGCAAGGCCAUUUCGGAGGAAGAAAUACUUUGAAAAAACCGACAUCAUCUACCUGGCCCGUGAGGAUGGUGCAAUCAUUCACAUUGAGAUAGAUGCGGCUGAACUUUUGCCGUCCGUAACCAAUGUCGGAUGCCUGGGAGCCAACAUUGAUACGGCGUUUACUACGGCAUACGAUAUCUUUUCCGACGUACUCAUCAUCGGUGGAGAGUCCGGUCCAGGCGGCAUCUGGAAGCUCGCCCCUCGUCAGGAUAUACAGCGUGUUAGCAGUCUUCCCAAUUGGUCUCCCGUUAUUGACAUGACGACGACGAACGAAUACUCCAGCUGGCACCCAAGCGAAGCAGACCUUCAGCUGGCGCAGCCGAGAUCAAUGACGCAGCGACGCAACGCGAUGCGCAGACAAGACGGCGUUUUCAGCGCAUCUGGUCGCGGCCUGACCGGUAGCGUAGUGCAAUGGAGAUGGGGAAUCCAGGCUCGAAUCGGCUUGGAUAUCGAAACAGGUGAGCCCAUACGGCAGGCAUGGACAUUUACCACGCAUCAGGCCAAUGAGAGGGUGCUCUACGGCCUUCUGGCACUACCUCAUUCAUCAGUCGUCCUUCGGUUCUCGGAAAGCCUUGAUCAGGUCGAUGCCGUGCCUCCUGAAGACACCCCCUUCGACUUGGCCUCCAGGACUCUACACGCUAUUCAAGUGUCGGACAGCGUAGUUCAAGUGACUGAAAGGUCCAUCAAUGUGGCUACUCCUACAGCAAGCUCUCGAUGUCUCAUUGGCGAAACUCUCGGUAUACCUGACGCCGCUGCGGAGAGUGCCUUCAGCAUUGGGCACACUGUCGUCUUCUCUACACACAUUGCACCGGUGUCCCGGCUGCAUGUCAUGACUGCUGAAGGCAUCGAGUUUUCCUUGGUGGGAAGCUGGGACGCGCAGGGUGAAGUGACCUGCGUUUCGAUAUUCUCAGUCUCAAACAAGAGCUUCAUUGCCGCCGGUUCCAUGUACAACGGAGUCCCGUGGAUAUCCAUCUACUCAACAACUGGUCAGGAGAUUGUGUCUGGGCCCAUCUCAACUAGUCAAGAAGGGGGUAGUGCUGAGCUUGAGGCACUGACUAGCAUCUCUGUGGCCCAUCAGAGCGCGGAUCAAGUUGACCUCGUGCUGGGCACUCGAUGCGGCAGCCUGAUCACAGCCCGAAUAUCCGAUCAGACUCCGGACAAUCUGACGUGGAACUCGGAAGUCAUUGGUGUAGCGCGAGUCGACAUUUUCCCAACUUCAGUACCUUACACUGGGUCGUCGACGGCUUUUGCUUGCUGCGACAAUAGGCUGAUUUUGCUCAGCAACUUCUCAACAGAGGACUGCAAGUUUCACAGCAAACAUUACGUAUGGCCGACGGAUUUGAGCGAUCCGCAGAUGCCCUGUCCCCCAAUCCAUUCCAUCCACAGGAUUUCACAGAAUCUGUCAGGGCAAGAUGGGCACACAUCCCUUCUCAUCCUCGCUGGAUCAAGGUUACUCUUGGCUGACUUUGGUCCGCAUAUUGGAAAUGUGCCUAGGUCUAUCCCGGUCGGGGGCACCCCGUCGAGGAUCAUUUUCUCGCAGACGCUCAACUGCCUUGUCGUCGCGAUAACCAUUGACGACAGGCCCACUCUGCGGUUCAUCGACCCCGAUUCUGGCUCGACAAUCUCGGUUGCUACCGACAAGGAUCGACGAGAAGUCGAGUUCAUCUCUGGCCUGGGCCGUUACGAAGACAGGGUAUUUGGGCUACAUGAGUGGCUAUAUAAGAAAGACGGGAAAGUGUUCCCCUUUAUACUCGUGACCACGCAACGUGGAGAGCUCAUUAUCGUGUCUACGGAAAAACUACAUGCUCGCUCGGCCAAUGGCGAGAGCAGAGUGCUCAGAUAUUGGACACGAUAUAAGAAGCGCCUGCCCGGCGAAGUCUAUUCAAUCACGGCAGAUGCAGAAGGCCUGAUAUACUGUGUCCACAAGACGCUUCACUGGGAAGUCCUUGAUCUGGCGGAGAGAAAGCUGAAGCCUGUGAAGCAGUUUCUGCUCGACUCCCCCGCGAUAUCUCUGCGCGUGUCCAAGGGCAAGAUCUUUGCAUUGACUGCCUUGCACUCUCUUGAAGUGAUUGAUUACCAGUCUACGGAAGACGGCAGCAUGGAGCUCGUCCACGGCGACCAGAUCUCUCGAAGAGGAGUUCACAUGAUAGACAUUGGUGAUCCCACUGAAGGCCAUGGCCAAUGGCCAUUGACUCUCGUCUCAGACCAGGUGGGUGUCAUAGCUGGCCUGUGGGCUCCCCUGGGCCAGCGGGACAGGGAGUUCGAGGUGGUUUUCGAAGCCAUGUUGCCGUCUUCGGUGAGGAGGUUUGUGAGAGCACGCAGCAGGCCCCCGUGGCUCGUGGACAAUACGCAGCGACGCUAUGGGACGUUGCCGAGCAGCCAUGAUGGAUCGGAGAUUCUUGGCGUCUCCCUGGAUGGCUCGCUGCACCAGGUUUCGCUGCUCGGCAUUGAGCUGUGGCGGUUACUGCUCAUGAUCCAGACACUGGCGCAAACAAAAGCAGGCAUUACUUCGCUCGACACACUGCAAGUCGAUUCCAGGGUGGACAUUCUGGAUCUGGAACUGCAGCCCACACCAAAGAUAACGCACAUUGACGGCGACCUGCUGAAGAGAUGCUUGAAGUUGCGCAUCUUGGAAAGGCUUCUGGGGUCCGAUGAUGUCUUCUUUGUGUACUGUUACCACCUGGACGCGAUAGGGGGAGGGACUUACACCGUCGGCUUCAAACACGAAGGGGAGGUGAGGCGGAGAGAAAGAUACUUUGAGCUGGGAUACGAGAUUAUCAAGUUUCUCGUUGCACCGGCACUGUGAAUGAGGCAUCUACGUUGUCAUGGCAUGAUUGCAUAUAGCAAGGGAUGGAUACGGCAGCUUUGGGGUCACAGGGGUACUUGGCUUGGUCCUUUGGUAAGCAUACGGAGGAGGACAUAUAG